AUGGCACCCUACGGGCUGGCGCCGCACACGCGGGACUCCCUUGAGCUUGCAUCCCUGGCCAGCUCAAGCCAGCUAAACGAAGACGCCAUAACCGAAGUGUCCUCGCGGCCAAGCAUCUCGUCGUCGCGGCGGCUGUCCCUCGAACUGGAUGAUCCCCUGAACAGCGCGAACCCGGCGGGACGGCUCGGCCGGUCGUACUCGGUGUCGUCGGCGUUCGACUUUUCGGCCAACUUGUUCCCGCUGAGCUCGACGGCGGGUGGUGGCGGAUACGCACCCAUUGGAGCGCCUACUUCGGCGGCGCGACCGAACGGCGGGUUGGGGGGUGGAUCGCUUGAGAAGCACAAGACGCUGACAUACCUCAACGGGUUGUCGCUAAUAGUCGGGUUGAUCAUCGGUUCCGGUAUCUUUUCCUCGCCGGGCCAGGUGAGCUCCAAGAUCGGGUCCCCUGGCGCAUCCCUGAUCGUCUGGGUCAUCGCGGGCAUCCUCGCCUGGACGGGCGCCGCAUCCUACGCCGAACUCGGCGGCGCUAUUCCCCUAAAUGGCGGUGCGCAGGUGUACCUGGCCAAGACGUUUGGCGAGCUAUCGGGAUUCCUCUUCACCUGGGUAGCCAUGCUUGUGCUCAAGCCCGGCAGCGCCGCCAUCAUCGCCAUCAUCAUGGGCGAGUACCUGGUGCGGGCCUUCAUUGGCCCCGACGCCGAGACGGUCAACCCCUGGAUCACCAAGGCGGUGGCUCUCGUGGGCGUCGCGAUAGUGACGUUUCUGAAUUGUGUUUCUACGCGGGUCGGGACCCGCGUGAAUGAUAUGCUCAUGUUUAUGAAGUUUGUCGCAUUGAUAGGUGUUACGGUUACUGGUGUUGUGGUGGCUAUUACGGGCAAAACUUGGAAGGGCAAGGCCAAUGACGAAUGGAAGACACACGACUGGUUCGCGAAUACGUCCACGGACAUGUCUGCUUGGGCACUGGCACUUUAUGCGGGCCUGUGGGCGUAUGAUGGAUGGGACAACACAAACUACGUGGUGGGCGAAUUUCGAAACCCAUCUCGAGACCUGCCGCGGGUGAUCCAUACGGCGAUGCCACUGGUCAUUUUGAGCUAUGUGCUAGCGAAUGUGGCCUACUUCCUCGUCCUCCCCAUGGAGUCAAUGAACGGUUCCAAUACCGUGGCCGUCAUGUUUGGCUCGAAGGUGUUUGGAUCGGCAGGCUCUCUAAUUCUCGCGCUGAUCGUCAGCGCAAGCUGUUUCGGCGCGCUCAACUCGUCCACCUUUACGUCAAGCCGCCUCGCCUACGCCGCUGGCAAGGAAGGGUACAUUCCCUCCGUUUUCGGCACCCUUGGCGUCGGCAACGACGAAGACCACGGUCUAUCCACCCAGCGGCAACGCAGCUGGCUCAGCAAGAAGAUGCGCCGGAUGUUUGGCGACGAGGACACUGGACUGUUCUACACGCCCGUGUACGCCUUGAUCCUCAACAGCGUGCUCACCGCGGCGUACUGCGUGGUGGGCGAGUUCAGCACGCUCGUCACCUUUUACGGCGUCGCGGGGUAUACGUUUUACUUCAUCACCGUGCUCGGCCUCAUCGUCCUGCGCGUGCGCGAGCCGGAGCUCGAGCGCCCGUACAAGACGUGGCUCACGACGCCCAUCAUCUUCUGCUGCGUGAGCCUGUUCCUGCUGAGCCGUGCCGUCUUCGCGCAGCCGUUGCAGACCAUCACGGUCGUCAUCUUUGUCGUCGCCGGCAUUCCUGUGUACUUCUGGCGCAUUCACGGCCGGGACGACGUGGUGACCAGAAGGCAGCCGAGCAGCGGCAAGAAGUGGUGGCAAUUCUGGAAGUAG